GCCGCGCUCGGGGCGGUGCGGGGCCUGGGUCACGUAGCUCCUCUUCCCGGGCUUCGGCACCGCACGUCUCUCCCGGUGCUCCCGCCGCCGCAGUCCCGCCGCUCUUCCGCCAUCAUGCCGAUGUUCGUCGUGAACACCAACGUGCCCCGCGCCUCGGUGCCGGACGGGCUCCUCUCCGAGCUCACCCAGCAGCUGGCGCAGGCCACGGGCAAGCCGGCGCAGUAUAUCGCUGUGCACGUGGUGCCCGACCAGCUCAUGGCCUUCGGCGGUUCGAGCGACCCCUGCGCGCUCUGCAGCCUGCACAGCAUCGGCAAGAUCGGCGGCGCGCAGAACCGCACCUACAGCAAGCUGCUGUGCGGGCUGCUGGCCGAGCGUCUGCGGAUCAGCCCGGACAGGAUCUACAUCAACUACUACGACAUGAACGCGGCCAACGUGGGCUGGAACGGCGCCACCUUUGCCUGAGGAGUGCCCGGGGCUUGACUCCCCGGCCCUGGCCCCUGCUGCUCUCAGUGUUAAGUGCUCACCCAUUCUUAGCGACCCCCUCCUUCCGGGUCAGGAGAAAUAAAUGGUUUAGAGACCACAACUGCCUUGGCUUCCUUGGU